UUUAUAGCAGGAGCCAAGAAAUGUUCAAGAGUAGGCCAUAAACCAACCUCUCCAGUUCCUUAGAGACCACGUUUCUAUCUCUCUUAAAAAUAAGCUUCUGUUCUUAAUACUGCUUUUUUUCAAUCUUUAAUUAGAAUUCUCAAAGUAGGAACUGUUUGGCACAAACCCAUUCAGAUUUUAAAGGCAGUUAGUUUUACAAAUCAUUGGUAUUAUAUAUAGGGAAGAGUAGAGUUUUAGGUAUUAAUGGAGAAUUUUCUUGGACCUGUUGUUAAAGAGGAGGAUCAGCAGCUACAGUUGCCACCAGGAUUCAGAUUCCAUCCUACAGACGAAGAGCUGAUAACUCAUUAUUUGUCUAAGAAAGUUGUGGAUAACAACUUUUUUGCUAUUGCUAUUGGAGAAGUUGACAUGAACAAGGUUGAACCUUGGGACCUACCAUGGAAGGCAAAAAUGGGAGAAAAGGAAUGGUAUUUUUUUUGUGUGAGAGACAAGAAGUACCCAACAGGGAUGAGGACAAACAGGGCUACUGCUGCAGGUUACUGGAAAGCUACUGGAAAAGACAAGGAGAUAUUCAGAGGAAAAUCUUUGGUUGGCAUGAAAAAAACUCUGGUUUUUUAUAGAGGGAGAGCACCCAAAGGAGAGAAAACAAAUUGGGUCAUUCAUGAAUAUAGACUAGAGGGAAGAUUGUCUCUUCAAAACCUACCCAGGACAACAAAGCAGAAUGACUGGGUCAUUAGCAGAGUAUUUUAUAAGAGCACUGGUGGAAACAAAGUCCAUAUUUCAGGACUUAUGAGAUUGAAUUCAACUGAAACUGAAAUGGGAAAUUCUGUUUUGCCAACAAUGUCAGAUUCUGAAUCCAGUCACGUGCACUGCUUCUCCAAUUUCGUUACUGCUCAAAAUAGCCAAAAAGAUAUGACCAAUUAUUUCAACAAUUCUUCUAUCCCUUCUCUUCCAAAUAAAUUUGCCUUGAACCUAACUUUACCAACUCAAGGUACCCUACUAAAUCCUGGUUCAUUUCCCAUGCAAGAUCCUCCAAGCCUUAGGAAUUUAUACCAGAAUUAUGGUCAGAAUAUGGUGCAGAAUUUGAAGAAGGAGAAAGAGAUAGUAAGUGUAUCACAAGAAACAGGUGUGAGCACUGACAUGAAUAAUGAAUUCUCCUCAUCAGCUGCUCUUGUUGGACCACAGUAUCUUGACUAUCUUUGGAAUUACUGAAAAACUUGAUAGAGAAAGACCAAAUAAAGCAAAAAACAGAAAAGCAGCAGAGGAAAUAGAACUAAGUAGGUAUACAUUGUGGAACUAUCUGUGUGUGCAUAGAUUUUUCUAAUUCUCCAAGGAGCAUUUAAGAUGUUAAUAAUUAUCUCCCCUGCAUAUCACAUAAUACUAUGUUGAUUUAAAGUU